AUUAUUGUGAUCUGGAACAUUUCAUACUCUGCAAGGAUAACGUAUGCUAUGCUUCCAAAUUGGUCGAAAUGCGUCCAAAGUUGUCGACAACAUUUUGUCAGUUGUUGUUGGCGAUUGUUUUACUGUCAACAAUUGGAACGGUGACCUGUGGCAGGUCCAAAAAUCGUACUAAUCAUACUGUGAAGGAAAAAAUAUGUAUUGGAACGAACGGAAGAAUGUCUGUUCCCUCGAACAGGGACCAUCAUUAUCGCAACCUAAAAGAUCGAUUCACCAACUGCACUUACGUAGACGGAAACUUGGAAUUGACGUGGUUACAGGACCAAAAUUUGGAUUUGAGCUUUUUGCAAUACAUUCGAGAAGUUACCGGAUACGUUCUCAUCAGUCAUGUUGAUGUCCCUAGAGUCGUUUUACCAAGGUUGCAAAUUAUUCGUGGAAGAACACUUUUUAAACUCAAUGUCCGCACAGAAGAAUUUGCGUUGCUGGUUACAUUAUCCAAAAUGAUGACGCUCGAACUUCCAUCUUUGCGUGAUGUUCUCAACGGUGGUGUUGCUAUGUUGAACAAUUAUAAUUUGUGCCAUGUCAAAACGAUAAACUGGGAAGAAAUUAUGACAGCACAACCGAAGGCUCCUUAUAUUUAUUCAUAUAAUUUUACUCAGCCUGAACGAUCUUGUCCUGCUUGUCACGAGAAUUGUACAGCUGGCUGUUGGGGAGAUGGUGAAGAAAAUUGUCAGAAAUUUUCAAAGACGAAUUGUUCACCUCAGUGUUAUCAGGGUCGUUGUUUUGGUCCAAAUCCACGAGAAUGUUGCCAUCUUUUCUGCGCUGGAGGUUGUACAGGUCCCAAACAAAGUGAUUGCUUAGCUUGUCGAAAUUUCUACGACGAUGGUGUCUGCACCCAGGAAUGCCCACCUAUGAAAAGAUAUAACCCCAUCACAUAUUCUUGGGAAGCGAAUCCUGCUGGCAAGUACGCUUACGGAGCAACGUGUGUUCGAAACUGCCCAGAUCAUCUUCUGAAAGAUAGCGGAGCUUGUGUGAGAAGUUGUCCUGAGAAAAAGAAGGCAGUCGAUGGUGAAUGUGUGCCUUGUGAUGGCCCUUGUCCCAAAACGUGUCCGGCUUCCGAAAAUAUACAUGCUGGGAAUAUAGAUUCGUUUAAAGAUUGUACUAUUAUUGAAGGAUCUCUGGAAAUUUUGGACCACACUUUCAAGGGAUAUCAACAGGUUUAUGCCAACUUUAGCUUUGGACCACGUUACCACGAAAUGCAUCCAGACCGGUUAGAAGUAUUCAGUACUUUGAAAGAAGUAACAGGAUUUAUUAACAUUCAAGGAUCACACGAAGCAUUCACGAAUUUAUCGUAUUUCCGAAACCUAGAAACUAUCGGUGGCCGCCAAUUAAAAGAAAAUUUCUUUGCAUCUCUUUAUAUCGUCAAAACUUCUUUAAAAUCACUAGAAUUAAAAUCCCUCAAGCGCAUCAAUUCUGGUGCUGUAGUUAUCCUAGAAAACAAGGAAUUAUGUUUUGCUGAAAACAUUGACUGGAGAAAUAUUACCAAGAGUUCUGAACACAAUCCGUUGUUGGAAAAUAACAAGCCAAAAAGUGUUUGUCAAGCUGAGGGUCAAGUUUGUCACGAACAAUGCUCCAGGAAAGGCUGUUGGGGUGCAGGUCCUGAUCAAUGUUUACAAUGCAGUGCGUAUAAGUUUGAAGAUACUUGCGUCGGAAAUUGCAGCGACAUACCAGGGGUUUAUAAUGCUGGUAAUAGCCGUUGCGAGCCCUGUCACGAGCACUGUGCAGGAGGUUGUACUGGUCCAGGUGCGGACAACUGCAUUUUCUGCAAAGCCGUCCGAGAUGGUCCAUAUUGCUCUCCCAGCUGUCCAUUGGGAAAAUACAAUAGAGGCGGAAUUUGUGAACCCUGUCAUGCGACAUGUGUCGAUGGAUGUACUGGACCUGCAGACACCAUAGGUCGCAAUGGUUGUAAUUCUUGCCAGAAAGCUAUCAUCAACGGCGACGUAACAGUCGAGAGAUGUUUGUACGAAACGGAACCAUGUCCCGAUGGCUAUUAUUAUGAAUGGGUUGGACCUCAAGAACAAGGACCUUUGAAAUCGUUAGCUGGUAAGGCUAUUUGCCGGAAAUGCCAUCCUAGAUGUAGCAAAUGCACCGGAUACGGUUUUCAUGAGAAGGUGUGCCAGCAGUGCGCUGAUUAUAAAAGAGGUGAACAAUGUGAGGACGAAUGUCCAAUGGAUCAUUACGCUGACGAUGACCGAAAGGAAUGUAUUCCAUGCGAUCCUGAAUGUAGAAGUUGUUUUGCUGAAGGGCCUGGUGGAUGUGUUCAAUGCAGAAAUUUUAAGAUUUAUGAGGACGGUGGUCACCCAGACAACACUUCAGCUUUUAAUUGUACCAAGAUUUGUCCACCAGAAUUUCCGCAUAAAAUAUUUCCUUUAGACCAUGUAGAACCUUAUUGUUCUGUUAAACCAAUCGAGAUGGGUUCCAGAUUAGAGGCAGAACAAAAUAAUGCUUUAACUAUAGGAGUGUUUUCCGCAUUUGCUUGUCUCUUGCUCGUCUUUGGCUUAUCCUUGUGGUACUGCAGGCAAAAAACUCGUGCGAAGGAAGAAGCUGUUAAAAUGACAAUGGUUCUAACAGGAUGUGAAGAUAGUGAGCCUUUGAGACCCUCCAAUGUGCGCCCGAAUUUGGCUAAGCUUCGAAUAGUAAAAGAAGCCGAAAUGAGACGAGGAGCUAUGCUUGGUUGUGGUGCUUUCGGUCGAGUUUAUAAAGGAGUUUGGGUCCCCGAAGGAGAAAACGUGAAAGUUCCUGUUGCCAUCAAAGUUUUGCGAGAAGAAACUAAUGCUAAUACAAGCAAGGAGUUUCUAGAAGAAGCUUAUAUUAUGGCUACUGUGGAGCAUCCCAAUCUUCUGCAACUUUUGGCGGUAUGCAUGACUUCUCAAAUGAUGUUGAUUACGCAGCUUAUGCCUUUGGGUUGUCUUUUGGACUAUGUGAGAACACAUAGGGAAAAGAUUGGUUCUAAGGCUCUUUUAAACUGGAGUACACAAAUUGCUAGAGGUAUGGCGUAUCUGGAAGAACGGAGAUUAGUACACAGGGAUUUGGCGGCUCGCAAUGUCUUGGUGCAAAAUCCAAAUUGCGUCAAAAUUACUGAUUUUGGUCUUGCUAAACUUUUGGAUGUAAACGAAGAUGAAUACAAAGCCGCAGGCGGUAAAAUGCCUAUAAAAUGGCUUGCUUUAGAAUGCAUUCAACACAGGAUAUUUACUCAUAAAAGCGAUGUUUGGGCAUUUGGUGUCACCAUCUGGGAACUUUUGACUUACGGAGCAAGGCCUUAUGAAAAUAUCUCUGCUAAAGACGUUCCUGAACUUAUUGAAAAUGGUUUAAAACUACCACAACCUGCAAUAUGUACAUUGGAUAUAUAUUGCAUUUUGGUAUCGUGCUGGAUGCUGGAUGCUGAAGCUAGGCCAUCAUUUAAGCAAUUGACAGAAACUUUCGCUGAAAAAGCUGCUGAUCCUGGUAGAUAUUUGUAUAUACCGGGAGAUAAAUUUAUGAGGCUGCCGACGUUCACGACGCAGGAUGAGAAAGAUUUAAUUAAGAAUUUAGCGACAACAUUAGAUGGUCCAGAACCAGUUGUAGAAGCAGAUGAAUAUUUGCAACCAAAAAGUCGAACAGUUACAGUUUUGCCACCAUCGGCUGGACCGCAAGUUGCCCAUAAUAACCACGAAAAUGGACCAGGAAGUCCAGAAUCUUUUAUGGGCUCAUUGGGACAGAAAAGAUAUUGCAGUGAUCCUUUGAAAGGAGAAACAACUGAUGAAGUCGACACGAAACGCGGUGAAGCACAUAUAGGAAGACUAAAACUGGACUUACCAUUAGAUGAAGAUGAUUAUUUGAUGCCAAGCACUCAAACUUCAGCUUAUAUGGAUCUCAUAGGAGAUUCCAAAAAUCCUGAGCAACGUGCUUAUCCAGAUUUCCUGCCUGCAAUAGACAAUCCCGAGUAUCUUCUGAGUUCAGAACCUUAUAGUGGACCACCUCCAACGCAGACCUUGGGAAUACCUUUAACAGGCCCAUUUACACAGACCCCAUCUCCACCUUUUUCUCAACCUAGUUCGUUCACACAGACAUCUAUUGAUAAGGUUGAUUUAAAACAAUCUGUCGACAGUUUGCAGAGACAACAAAGGACGAAUAAGGAAGAUGAAAUUUCUGACCACGAAUAUUAUAAUGAUGUACAAAGGGAAUUACAACCUUUGAGAAGAAGUGAGACGACAGUGUAAAUGUUUAAAGACUAGUUUUAGUUUUAUAUGUGUUUUAUACUGACUUUUUAUACCAGUGAAGUAUUUCUUGUAAAUAAUUUUUUUAUAGAUUUUUUUAAUGAACGGUUUGAAACUGUUAAAAACAAAUUUUUAUGCAACAGAAAUUUUUAUACAACUUAUGAUGUUCAAUACAAGUGCAUUAUUGAGAUUUAAAUCGUAACUGAUAGCAAUUAAAUUAAUAUAUUAA